AUGGCCGCCCGCCAUCAGCAGGCCAAACGGGCCAGUAGGCUCUCUGUCUACUCGGACGACGCGGACCUGGCAUUCCUGGCACAGCUGGAAGAGCCGUCGUUGGCGCUGAGCUCGUCGGGCUCAAACUCAGAGUCGGUGUGCGGACUGGCACUCGCACCCAACUCCCCCUCGCCGCGCCUUGUCCGCUCGCCGCUUGCCUCUCAUCCACACGCGCUCGGCUACACGCUCCAGGACUCGUCGUCGGGCUCGAGCUCGAGCUCAAGCUCGUCGCGAUGCAGCAUCCGUCGCCCGGUCCGGCACCGCAAAGCCCAUCCGCCCGCUCGCUCCUCACCACUUCGCCAUGUACAGAACGCGGCGUCGUCAACAGACUCGACGACGUCGUCGUCAUCGUCACCCUCGCCUUCGAGCGCGUCGCCCUCCUCUGAAUCGAGCUCGCGCCGCGGCAACGUCCAGGACGUGGACGAUCUCGGAACGCCUGCAGGCUCAGACGCGUCGAUGGUCAACUUUCCCAUCUCGACACCGCUCUCGCGGUCGUCGGCGGCGCUCCACCGCAAGCGGCCGGCAUCGGGCUUCUUCUCGCAGCAGAUUGUCGACUUGGAAGACGACACCUUUCAGCGCGACUCGAUCAAGAUGUACCGCUUGAAGCCACGGCGGCGCUCGCUCUCAGCGGUCCACGUGGUGAACAAUCCCAACGCCGGUGGAAGCACCAAACUGUUGGAGAAGGCCUCAUCCUCGCUCCACGCCAUUGGCGAGGGCUUUGACAUCAACAUUGACGAUGAUGCGCUCGACCUCAAUGACUUUGACUUUGACGACAUUGGCGACACGGUGGCCCUCGACUUUGCCGACGAGAGUAAUGCUGCUGGCCCGAUCGAACUCGACGCUCUGCCUGGCGGAGACGGCAAGUCGUGGUCGUCGUCGGGCUCGGACGAAGCCGCACAAGGCGCGGCCGCCGUGUCCACGCCGCGCGGCACCGCUGGCUCAAGCGCCGCGCUCACCAAUAAGGCCGGAAGCAAGACCGACGCCAGUGCACCAGACUCGAACGAGGCUGCAGGCGAUGAGGCGGCGCCUCGCCGCUCGCGUUGGCGCGAAAAGUCGAUCCGAUUCCUCGACUCGAUCCCGGUCACCAUCUUUAUGCUUGUCAUCACUCUCUUUGUUCUCUUUGCCGACGACACACUCAUCAUUGUUGCGCCGGACAAGGAUGACAGCCUCGACUUGUACCUACUCAUCUCCAAGAACUUUGUCUUUCUCUGCUUCCUCGUGGAGCUGGUGUGGACGUCUGUGGUCAAGCCAAAAGACUACUUUCUCACCUUUUUCUUCUGGCUCGAUGUCCUUGCCUUGGUCUCGUUUGCGCCCGAUGUUGUCCUUCUCGUCGCUGACUACGACAUUGUGACGCUGGUCUCGGCGCUGGCUGUGGCCCGAACUGGGCGAGCCGCCCGCGCCUCAGCGCGUGCCGCCCGCCUCGUCCGUGUUGUCCGUGUUGUCAAGUUUGCACGCAUUGUGCAGCGCGGACACUCGGAGAUAGCGGCCGAUGACAACGUCAUCGACUCGCUCGAGACAAAUCUUAACCGCAGCGCGCCCGCAGCGAUGUCGACAUCCGCAAGCGACGCCGGCGGUGGAGGCGGCGAGGUGACGACGCUCGGCGAGCCGAGUCGCCUCGGCUCGCGGCUCAUCAACCGGACGACCAACAAGGUCAUCGCCAUUGUCCUCAUCUUGUUCCUGGUCACCUCUAUUGCUCAAAUCACUGCGCCGUGGCGGCACCACGUGACGGCCGGCGUGUCGGCGCUGGAAGAUUCAGCCGCCGCGCUGGGCGGCGUCACCAGUCCCACCUUUGUCAACGGCCCGCUGGCCUCGUUUCUCGAGGCCUACGGCUCGUCACUGCUCUGGCUCUCUAUCUCUGAUGUGGAGGUCUACGGCACGAUCGAACAGGCCUCGCGCGUCCGCGAGGUAUACAUUCAGGAAGGUAUGUCGCUAAGCAAGGCGUCGGUGGCAUGGAUCGACGUGAAGGAGACCGAAGUCAUCCAAGCCAUCUUCAACAUCGCAAUCCUUGUCUUUAUCAUCGUCAUCAUGGCGCUCGGCAACAUGCUCAUCACCCGCGAUGCCAAUCGGCUCCUCAUCGUGCCGGUAGAGAAGAUCAUGGGCGUGGUCCGUGUCCUGCUUGACCACGCCAAGGUACCCGGCAAGCGCAAGGCUGGCGGGCCGGUUCAGCAAGCCAAGCAGAGCGAGACGGGGCGCAGCGGGUCGAUGACUUCGCUACUGGCGCUGGACGACUCAGGCGCAAGGGUCGGCUCCGGUCGCUUGGGCGGCUCGGGUCGGCAGCUGUCUGAAGCCGAAGAACUGCUGCAAAUGCUGUCGGAGAUCGAUGGCUCGCUGGCAAUGGCGCAACAGGAUGUCGAGUCGACUGAGACUAAGGUUCGCAUCCGCGAGGCCGAACUCGAGUCGGUCACCCUCUUCACCGUCCAACUCGAGAUGUUGCUCUGUGUCGCGUUGCGAAAGCUGGAGUCCAAGGCACUGGCCAAGUGGGCAGCGUGGCAUGAGUGGGGCCUCGUCCCACUUGCAGACCGCAUCAGGGUUGCGCUCGCCGAGGCAGGUGGCGACUCGGCCGCGCUGGUAGCCCGACUCUCCCAGCACCCGCUCGCCCUGCCAUCGAUCGACGAUCUGCAGCGGCACCGGGCUCAGCUCACGUUUGAGAUCCUCGGACCGAGCGGCGGCGUCGGGGCUGAUGGCGAGGACGUGCGGCCGACUGUUCAGCUGCAGUCUGGCGCACUGCCGCACAUUGUGGAGCACUUGUGCCACCCACUGGCGCAUGAUGCCGACUUUGACCGGGUCUUCUUUCUUACAUACCGGGCGUAUCUUUCGCCGGCUGAGCUACUGCAGCGGCUCAUCGUUCGGUUCUCGCUUACGCCAGACGUGUACUACAUUCGGGCGUCGCGCGAUGGGCUUGACGCCUACUCGCAGUGGCGGCACGAGGUGCAACACCCGGUCCGGGUCCGGAUUCUCUCGCUUGUCCGGCUCUGGCUCAAGUCGUACUUUUUCGACUUUCAUGCCGAUCCGGUCAUGGUGGCGCUACUUGUUGACGUCCUCGUCCCGCUCCUUCGGGCCUCGCGAGUCUUUUCUGAGGCUGGGCGGCAGCUCCGGGUCCUGCUCGAGAACAAGCUGCUGGGACUCGAGGUCGGUGAUGAUGAUGACUUUGGCUCAGAGACGACCGAGACGACAACGUCGUCGAUAGUAAUUCCGCGGAUGGCAGCGACGCGCGGCGCGCGGCUGAAGCUCCUCAACGUCGACCCUAUGGAGGCAGCGCGGCAGCUCUCGCUCAUAGAGCACGAGCUGUACGGACAGAUUGGCAAGCAUGAGCUGUUGGACCUUGCAUGGUCGCGUGACGACGCCGAUACCCGCGCACCCAACGUGCUCGCCCUCAUCAACCACUUUAACGGAGUAACCGAGUGGGUCCAAGUCGCGCUCCUCUCCGAGGCCUCGGUCAAGACACGCGCCGCUAUCCUCCGCACCUUUAUCGACAUCCUUGACAAGCUCUUUGCCAUCCGCAACUUUAACGGCGCCAUGGAGCUGGUCUCGGGCCUCUCGUCGGCGGCUGUGUCGCGGCUGCGCAAGACGUGGAAAGAGGUCGACGAGACGCGGCGGUCGCGGUUCGAGGCUAUCACAGCUUCGCUCUCGGCGCUCGGCAACUAUGCGCAGUACCGCCGGUUGGUUGCCGACUACAUGGAAGUUCCGGUCAUCCCGUACCUCGGUAUGUACAUGGGCGAUCUGGUGUUCAUCGAGGAAGGCAAUGAGGAUUACGUCGGCGACGGUCUCGUCAACUUUGACAAGUGCUACCAGAUCGCCAACGCCAUCCAGCUUGCCCUCCACUGGCGGCGGGCGUCGUUCCCGUUCUUUGAAGUUGCCGAGGUCAAAAGCCUCCUCACCUCUAGCAUUGCCGAGGUCACCUCCAAUCCAACCGAUGAUCGUGCGCUGUACAAGCUCUCGCUCAAGGUCGAGCCGCGCAAGAAAUGA